AUGAAACAGAGAUUCUCGUCCUUGGACGUCAGAGUCAUCGCUCACGAGCUCUCAAACGCACUGGUCACCCUUCGCCUUGCCAACGUCUACGAUCUCUCCUCGCGCAUCUUCCUCCUCAAGUUCGCCAAACCAGAUCAUCGAGAGCAGCUCAUUGUCGACUCAGGCUUCCGUUGCCAUCUCACCAGCUUUGCUCGAGCGACUGCAUCCGCGCCCUCACCGUUCGUUGCUAGAUUACGCAAAUUUCUACGAACGAGACGUUGCACAGCUGUCAAGCAGAUCGGCACCGACCGAGUCAUCGAGAUCGAGUUCUCAGAUGGCUCGUACAGGCUGUUCCUCGAGUUCUAUGCUGGCGGCAAUAUUGUCCUCACCGACAACGAGCUCACGAUACUGGGACUGCUGCGUUCAGUGAACGAAGGCGAAGAGCAUGAGCAAUAUAGGCUUGGGCUGAAAUACAACCUCUCGUUGAGACAGAACUAUGAGGGAGUGCCGGAAUUGACCCGCGAGAGGCUAAAAGAUGGACUGGAAAAGGCAGUACAAAAGCAGCAAGCGGAGGCGCAAAAGCCUGGGAAAAAGCCCAAGAAGAAAGCAGGCGAUGCUCUCAGGAGGGCGUUGGCUGUAACUACAACCGAAUUCCCACCCAUCCUGAUUGACCAUGCCUUGCAUGUCACAGGUGUGGAUCGUACAAUAGAGCCCGAGCAGGUCAUCGCGAGCGAUGCACAUAUAGAUCAGGUUCUGGCGGCUCUAGAGGCGGCCAAGAAGGUGAUCGCGGACAUCACUUCCGCAGAGACGGCCAAGGGAUAUAUUCUCGCAAAGCGUAAAGCGCCUCGAGAAGGUGACGAGGCUGCCGAUUCCUCUCAAAAUGUCAUGUAUGACGAUUUCCACCCUUUCAAGCCUGCACAAUUGGAAAGCGAAGCUUCUAAUGUCUUCAUUGAGUUCGAGGGCUUCAACAGGACAGUCGACGAGUUCUUCUCUUCAAUUGAAGGCCAAAAGCUCGAGUCACGCCUACAAGAACGAGAGGACAAUGCCAAGCGCAGGAUUGAACAGGCUCGACAGGAGCAAGAAAAGCGCAUCGAAGGACUGCAGAACGUGCAGGAGCUGAAUGUACGCAAAGCGCAGGCCAUCGAGGCGAAUGUGGAGCGAGUCGAGGAAGCUGUAGCUGCAGUCAAUGGUCUUGUCGCUCAAGGCAUGGACUGGGUCGAUAUCGGACGGUUGAUCGAGAAUGAGCAGGCCAGACACAAUCCAGUCGCUGAGCUGAUCAAGCUACCACUCAAGCUGCACGAGAACACGGUCACCCUUCUUCUAUCAGAACUGAACGAUGCUGAGGACGAUGUUAUGGCGAACGAGACGGACAGUGAGCCUUCAGACAGCGAGGAUGAGGAUGCUCAAGCGACUCCGAGGCGAGCUACCAGAACUGAGGACAAGCGCCUCACUGUCGAUAUCGAUCUUGCAGCAUCCGCUUGGUCAAAUGCACGACAGUAUUACGAUCAGAAACGAACGGCGGCUGUGAAGCAGGAGAGGACGGCGCAAGCAUCGCAGAAAGCCUUGAAAUCUACCGAACAGAAAGUGUUGGCCGAUUUGAAGAAAGGACUGAAGCAGGAGAAAGAUAUUUUGCGCCCAGUCAGGAAGCAGUUCUGGUUUGAGAAGUUUAUUUACUUCGUUUCUUCGGAUGGCUACUUGGUCCUUGCCGGCAAAGACGCACAGCAGAACGAAAUCAUGUACCGGCGAUACCUCAAGAAAGGCGAUGUAUACGUCCAUGCUGACAUGCACGGUGCGGCGACCGUGAUGAUCAAGAACAACCCGGCGACGCCCGAAGCACCUAUCCCACCUUCUACUCUGUCGCAAGCAGGUAAUCUGGCAGUGUGCACCAGCAGUGCCUGGGACAGCAAGGCUGUCAUGUCGGCUUGGUGGGUCAAUGCAGAUCAAGUGUCCAAGACCGCUCCUACUGGCGAGUAUCUGACGACUGGAGGCUUCAUGGUGCGCGGAAAGAAGAAUUUCCUGCCGCCGGCGCAGCUGUUGCUUGGCUUCGCGAUCAUGUUUCAGAUCAGCGAGGAGAGCAAAGCAAGGCACGUCAAGCAUCGCCUUAUGCAGCGGCCGGAAGACUAUCUCGCCACACCAGACCUCACUGAUGGAGAGACGAUUGCCGAGUCUUCUAUCGCUGGCGAUGACAAUGAGAGUGAAAGCGACGAUGACGAUUUCCCAGACGCUGGUCCUGCGCCAAGGAUCGAGGAAGACGAAGACGAUGAAUUUCCUGAUGCGGCGCCUCAGCAAGAGCAAUUCUCCAGCGAUGAAUCACCAGAGAUGCAGCGGGAGAGAACGUACGGAUCUUACGAGGACGAGGAGACGGAGUACCGCUCAGGUCAACAUAACCCUCUGCAGGCUGGUACCUCAAGACCUGAAGUAGUCAACGGGGAACAUGACGAUGAGCAUGAUGACGACGAAAGCCACGACGAAGAGGAAGAUGAGCAGGGAGAGGAGGGCGCUGAUCUCGACCGUGAGAAUACUGAGUCUACCCUCACUCCUGGAGACACAGCUACACCCACCGAAGCCGAUGAUGCGGAACAGGACGGUGAUACAGAGGCACCUCAGUUGACUAAUCGAGAACGCAAGAUGAAGAAUAGACUAGAGCAAGGGAAGCCGCUGAAGAACGAUGCCAAGGUCAAGCCAGCCAAGGGAGCUCGAGGUCGCAAGGGCAAGAACAAGAAGAUGGCACAGAAGUAUGCUGAUCAAGACGACGAAGACCGCGAGUUGGCUAUGAAGCUUCUAGGAUCUAAAGCGGGCGAGGAGAGGAAGCAAGCGGAAGCACAAGCAAAAGUCGAGAAGAAGGAGAAUGCAGAGGAUGCCCGUGCUCGUCGAAGAGCUCAGCAUGAUCGAGCUCAGAGAGAAGGCCUAGAGGCAGAGGAGAUUCGACGUCUGAAUCUCGAAGAAGGCGUCGAAGCUCUCGAUGAGGAAGAGGCGUCGCAACUGACACAAUUGGAUUCCCUGAUCGGCAUGCCUCUGCCUGGCGACGAAAUCCUCGAGGCGAUCCCCAUCUGCGCUCCAUGGGCAGCUUUGAGCCGCUUCAAGUACAAGGCCAAGAUGCAGCCGGGCCAGCAAAAGAAGGGCAAAGCCACGAGAGAGAUUCUUGGCAAGUGGACGAAGGACGCGAGUGAUCCGAAGAAGAUCGAUGCUCAGACUCAGGACAGUGAAAAGAUCUGGCCGCACGAGGCUGAGCUCAUCAAGGGUUUCAAGGAGGCUGAGGUUGUGGGAGUCAUACCCGUCAAGUCGGUCCGUGUGAUGAUGUCUGGAGGCUCUGGCGCGGACAAGGGUAAGGGUGGAGGCCGCGGUGGGAAAGGGGGCAGAGGCGGAAAGGGGUCGAAGAGGCGGUAA